AUGGCUUCCCUCAUGCAGAAAGCGCUCAUACUCCCCGCGAAGCAAGGCAAGUUCGUCGUCGGGUCCACCAUGAUUCCCUCUCCCGGCCCACUGGAAGUUCUCGUCCGCGUCGAGUCAGCUGCCCUGAAUCCUGUCGAGUGGAAGAUCCAGGCCUACGGAGUCUUUGUCUCGACAUACCCUGCGGUGCUCGGCACGGACGGUGCGGGGAUCGUGGAAGAUAUUGGCUCCGAUGUUACCACGCUUGCGAAAGGCGACAGGAUUUUCUGGCAAGGUUUCUUUGAACCCCAGUGGGCACGCAAAGUGACUGGUGUACUACGCUGGUAUCUGACAUUGAGUUAUACCCAGAUUCCGUCGGGGUUUUCGUUUGAUGAGGUCGCCACACUGCCAGUCGCCAUUGCCACAGCGGUUCUAGGCAUGUACAACCACCACCCGUCGUCCAAGAGCGCGCACUUCAUUCCUCCGUGGGUGGAGUCAGGGCUCACUGCGUAUGCUGGGAAGCCUGCUCUUAUUAUGGGUGGUGCGUCCUCCGUGGGACAGUCCGUGAUUCAGUUGGCGAGACUGGCAAAGUUCUCUCCAAUCAUCACAACUGCGUCUCCCCGCAACGCACCCUUGCUGACUUCCCUCGGCGCCACCCACGUCCUCGACCGGCACCUCUCUCAUUCGGACCUUCUAUUCCAGAUUGCAUCCAUCACGGCCGGAACAGCCCUCACUUUUGCGUAUGAUGCGAUCGCGGACCCCGACACCCAGCAUGUCGCUUUCGAUGCGCUUGCCUCAGGUGGCACUCUCAUCAUCACUUGGGAUAAAGCCAUAUCGGCCGCAGAACAAAUGGCUGACGAAAGCAAGACGAUUGUAGAGGUUUUCGCUAGCGUGUACGUGCCCGAGGGUAGAGAGACCGGCGUCGCCAUGUUCAAGCAUCUGUCAGGCUGGUUAGAGUCCGGGGCGUUGAAAUCAAACAAUGUGGAGGUUCUUCCUGGAGGUCUUUCAGCCAUUCCUGCUGGGCUGGAGCGCGUCAGGAAGGGCCUGAAUGCGACGAAGCUCGUCGUACAUCCUCAGGAAACGACAGGCUGA